AUGUCUGUGUGGGCCAAACUCGAACCAGCGUCUACCUGGCACACGAGGAUCCUGGGGCCGGUGGAGUCCUGCGGGGACAAGGUUAGGGCACAGCUGUGCAGGCGCGGGGCCGCGGGCGGGCGGUGGCGGCGAGGGCCGGCCCCGGCCGUGCGGCCCGGCCAUCCCCUCCCGGACGCGCGGCGCAGGCAUUCAGGGCCGCCCCGCGGCUUCCGCGCUGGGGCUGCCGGAGAGCACGGGACCAGCCCGAGGCCGGACGCGCGGGACGGGACGGAGACGGGGCCAGGCACCGUGGAGCUCCCCCGGGGCCCCCCCGGGGCCGAGCCCCCCGCGCCGGCCCCUCCGCGGAUCCUGGUGACCGAUGUCAGCGCGGCGGGCGACGCGGCCGGGGGCUGCCUCGAGGGGCCAGCGGGGCCGCAGCGAGCCGCGGCGGGGCCGGGCGAGGAGGACGGCGAGCCGGCCGCCAAGGAGGCCUCCGAGGACGGGAGCGGCGGCAUGGGCUCCUGCCCCGUGGCUCUGGACCCCAUGGAGAAGGAGUGGCUGCAGGGAGCAGCCAGCGGGGACCUGCCGGUCCUGAGCCAGCUGCUCCAGCAGGAGCCCUCCCUGGCCACCAAGAAGGACUUCACCUCGGUGAGUGCGGGGCCCGGAGCGCCGCGGAACCGGGGGGUGCUCGGCUCCAGGGAGCCGCCGAGCCCGGCCCCGCAGUCAGAGCUGCCCGGGACGGGGAUGGCUGCGGUGCACGGCGUCGCCCCGUCCUGCCCCCCGUCCUGCCCCCAGCUCGGCUCUCACCUCUUCCUCUCCCACGUGGGGACCUGCUGGGCUGCGUCGGUGCUGCUGAUGGUGCCAGGGGGGCUACACCCCGCUGCACAUCGCGGCGCUCCACGGGCACCGCCGGAUCGUGGACCUGCUCGUCGAGCGCUUUGGGGCCAAGCAGAACCUGCGGGAUUACAGCGGGCGCCUGCCUGGGCACUACCUGCGCACCGCGGCCGCGCGGCUCGGCACCGCCGACGCUCCCCGGCCAGCGGCCAGGCUCGGCGACGCUGGGGCUCGGCCGAGGAUCUUACCGGCCCAGAGGAGGAGGAGGAGGAGCGGGCUUCGGCGCAGCACCUUGCACCGCCUGCAGCCUACCGCGCUGUGCGCAAGUUCUCCCGCUGA